UUCUGAAAUUAUUAUUUUUCAAAAAUUGUAGUCCUCCCUAGUCACCCACUCCUUGCUCAGCCAGUAACACCACCAUUUCUUCUUUCUCUUCUUCUUUUCUUCUUAUAAUCUAAAAAUCUAAUUUAAUCUUCACGUUUUUCAUUCUUCAAAAUUCCCUUUUCCUCAAAAUCCAAAACCCUAGCUACUCCAAUCACCACUUCAAUUCCCUUUCCCUUCACCUCGUAGGGUUUCUCUCACCUUCCACGAUCUCUGAUUCAGGUGGUGGACAAAAACGACGUCGAUUUGCGACGAUGAGCUCGCAGAAGAAGAGGACUUUUCAGAUAGAAGCGUUCAAGCACCGCGUGGUGGUGGAUCCUAAGUACGCUGAGAAGACCUGGAAGGUUCUGGAACAUGCAAUCCACGAAAUAUAUAACCAUAAUGCUAGUGGCCUUAGCUUCGAAGAGCUCUAUAGGAAUGCAUACAAUAUGGUUUUACACAAAUUUGGGGAGAAACUUUACUCAGGACUUGUGACGACCAUGACUUCUCAUCUUAAAGAAAUUUCUCAGUCAAUUGAAUCUGCCCAAGGAGAAAUUUUCUUGGAAGAGCUUAACCGGAAGUGGAUCGAUCAUAACAAGGCUUUGCAAAUGAUCCGAGACAUAUUGAUGUACAUGGACAGAACUUUCAUACCAAGCAGCCAUAAAACUCCUGUUCAUGAACUUGGGUUGAAUCUGUGGAGGGAUGUUGUGAUCCACUCCAGCAAAACUCAAGCUAGGCUUAGAGAUACACUUCUUGAGCUUGUGCUCAGAGAGAGGAAUGGUGAAGUAAUAAACAGAGGCUUGAUGAGAAACAUAAUAAAAAUGCUAAUGGAUUUGGGUUUGUCUGUUUACCAAGAGGACUUUGAGAAGCAUUUUCUUAGUGUUUCAGCAAAUUUUUACUGUCUUGAAUCCCAGAAGUUCAUUGAAACAUGUGAUUGUGGGGAUUAUCUGAAGAAGGCUGAGAGACGCUAGAUGAUUGACAGUCAUAUGCACACGCUAGUACAUAUGGAGAACUCAGGCCUAGUUAAUAUGCUUGUGGAUGACAAAUAUGAGGACUUGGGAAGAAUGUAUAGUCUAUUUCGUAGAGUGCCUACUGGGCUUACAGUUGUUAAAGACGUGAUGACUGCUUUUGUACGGGAUACAGGUAAGCAGCUAGUCAUGGAUCCUGAAAGGUUGAGAGAUCCUGUGGACUUUGUACAGCGUCUCUUGGAUUUGAAGGAUAAGUAUGAUAAGAUUAUUAACAUGUCAUUUACCAACGACAAGACAUUCCAGAAUGCCUUGAAUUCCUCUUUUGAACAUUUCAUCAAUUUGAAUGCUCGGUCUCCAGAGUUCAUUUCCUUGUUUGUGGAUGACAAACUCCGCAGAGGGUUGAAAGGAGUUGGUGAGGAGGAUGUGGAGAUUGUAUUGGACAAAGUAAUGAUGCUAUUCCGUUACCUUCAAGAAAAGGAUGUGUUUGAAAAGUAUUACAAGCAACACUUGGCAAAAAGGCUUCUUUCUGGAAAGACCAUAUCCGAUGAUGCAGAGAGGAGUUUGAUUGUCAAGCUCAAAACAGAGUGUGGAUAUCAGUUCACUUCUAAGUUGGAGGGUAUGUUUACUGACAUGAAGACUUCCUAUGAUACAAUGCAAGGUUUCUAUGCAUCCCAAUCUGAUGUGGGAGAUAGCCCUUCUCUAGUUGUACACGUGCUUACGACAGGUUCAUGGCCAACUCAACCUAGCCCUCAGUGUAAUCUUCCAUCAGAACUCUUGGGCGUAUGUGAGAAGUUUCGGGCUUAUUAUCUUGGCACACACAAUGGUAGAAGACUGUCUUGGCAAACAAAUAUGGGGACUGCUGAUUUAAAGGCAACAUUUGGUAAGGGCCAGAAGCACGAGCUUAAUGUUUCCACAUACCAGAUGUGCGUACUGAUGCUUUUUAACAAUGCUGAUCGGUUGACUUGUAAGGAGAUUGAGCAAGCAACGGGGAUACCCUUACUGGACCUGAAGAGGUGCCUUCAGUCUCUGGCCUGUGUCAAAGGAAAGAAUGUUCUUCGAAAAGAGCCCAUGAGCAAGGACAUAGCUGAGGAUGAUACAUUCUUCUUCAAUGACAAAUUCACAAGCAAGUUCUUCAAGGUAAAGAUAGGUACUGUUGUUGCCCAGAGGGAGUCUGAACCUGAAAAUCUUGAAACUAGGCAAAGGGUGGAAGAAGACAGAAAACCGCAGAUUGAGGCGGCAAUUGUGAGGAUAAUGAAAUCCAGGAGGACCCUAGAUCACAACAACAUCGUCGCCGAGGUCACAAAGCAGCUGCAGUCAAGAUUUUUGCCUAAUCCAGUUGUUAUUAAAAAACGGAUUGAAUCCCUUAUAGAGCGUGAGUUUUUGGAGAGGGACAGAGUGGACAGAAAACUGUACCGCUACCUUGCUUGAACAAUGUGUUACUGUCUUCCACUGCCAAAUUCAUUUUGGCGUGCAACCUAUGUGACAUUUUGUCUGUCAUAUAAGCUUGAAUGC